UUCAUAAACUGAGUCUUGCACUCAGUUUGUUCCUGUAAUAUCAAUUUCCCAAACAGAAGAAGUGCUUGUUAUAUCUUUUGAAGAUGAUAGCAAGGGCAGUUGGUAAAUAUCAUGACGACGACAGACAAAUUAAAGAACUUUCCACACUGUGAACCAGAGCUCCAAGUUAUAAAAGUCCCAUGUAACUUAGAUAAAACGACCACGUCACGAGAAGGCGCUUCUUCAGUUGUAUGGAAUGACAUACGUCGGAGCGAAGGAGAAGAAAAUGUGAAAAGCCGUCGCCUUACACUUGCUCUACCGCUUACCCUUUCUUCUCCAGUUAACGUUAAGAGAUUGAAAGCUGGUUUGAACCUCGCUAACAAUGAGUUUAUUGGAAGAUUAGCUGAAAGUCUAAUCAAGAAAGAGUUAAAUAUGUCUAAACGAGAAAGAAAACCCAUGACUGCUAGCACGUCACCGACUUUAGCCCGUUGUCAUUCGCCCGUCCCUCAUUAUGGCCCAGUAGAGAGUCCAAGAAAUUUAUCCCCGAGUCAACAUUUCCUGUUUCCUACAACUAGGAGAGGAGAGGGCAGAAGAUGGUCCCUUGCUUCCCUCCCGUCCUCCGGAUACACUUCUAACACCCCUGAAAGUUCUAACGUUUCAUCUCAGUGUACCUCUCAAGAAAAGCUUCAACUCCUUCCCAGUCAUCCUGCUGUAGAAGAGAGACGCCACCUAUCGAGAUUUAGUAGCUACGAGAGCAGCCCGGGUAUCGAGGAAGAUGGUCACAAAUCGCCACUAUUGCGGUCAAGGUCUAGAAGUUUAAGCAGUCCUGUGCGAUCUCCUGGGAUGGAAGGUGAUAUUAUCCUGAUGAAUAACGUUUACAAGGAAAGAUUUCCUAAGGCUACACGUCAAAUGGAAGAUAGGUUAGAGAAGUUUCUUGAAAAUGGUCAGGAGUUAGACCCGGAUCUCAAUUCAGACGCUGUCACUCGUUUUGCUCACUUUCAAGUCAUGGAAAUGGCCAGAGAUUGCCUCCAAAAGUCGCAGGAGAAACUCGUGACUUCCCGUUACUUUUAUGAAAUGUCAGAAAACGUCGAAAAACUUUACUUUGAGUGUCGUGAGAAGUCAUCCACAGCAACCAGUCAUCUCAGAAAUCUAAUCAAGAAGCUGUUAUUGAUUGUUUCAAGACCUGCCAGAUUACUGGAAUGUUUGGAGUUUGAUCCAGAAGAUUUUUAUAGGUUGUUAGAAGCCGUUGAAGGACAAGCUAAAGUCGUCCAAGGCGUAAAAUCUGAUAUGCCACAAUAUAUCAUCAACAAACUACGACUAAACCGAGAUCCCCUUGCUGAUUUCACAAGUGAAGUUAUUACUGGUGAACCUGAAGAUGCUGAGCUCCCGGACAGAAUUAUAGAAGAACAGCAUGAGGCAUUAUUACCAGAAAACCAAAGAACAAAAGCCCCUUCCGAAGAAAGCUUUGAAACAAUCAAAUUGAUUAGUAACGGAGCUUAUGGUGCAGUGUAUCUAGUUCGACAUAAGGACACCAGGGAACGAUUUGCGAUGAAGAAGAUCAACAAACAGAACCUCAUUCUACGAAAUCAGAUAGAGCAAGCAUUUGCCGAAAGAGAUAUCAUGAGUUUUACUGAUAAUCCCUUCGUCGUUGGCAUGUUUUGUACCUUCGAUACUAAGGUAUUUAUACAUAUAUAUAGAUAUAUUACGCUAUCGGAAGGGGGAGACUGUGCUACUUUAGUGAAGAACAUGGGGCCUCUACCUCUAGAUAUGGCGCGAUUUUACUUUGCAGAAACUGUAUUAGCAGUUGAAUAUCUUCACAGCUACGGCAUUGUCCAUAGAGAUCUUAAGCCUGACAAUCUUCUUAUCACUGCUAUGGGCCAUAUAAAACUCACAGACUUUGGUCUCUCAAAAAUUGGACUAAUGAAUUUGGCUACAAAUCUUUACGAAGGAUGUUUGGACCGAGAUACCAAACUAUUUAAUGAUAAACAAGUGAUUGGGACACCAGAAUAUAUUGCACCGGAAGUGAUCUUACGACGAGGCUAUGGUAAGCCAGUGGACUGGUGGUCUAUGGGAAUUAUUUUGUACGAAUUUUGUAUCGGAUGUGUGCCUUUCUUUGGUGAAACCCCUGAGAAAAUAUUUGCACACGUUAUCAAUGAUGAAGUUGAAUGGCCGGAUGAGGAAGACUGGGUUGUUCCGGAGGAUGCUAAAGACCUCAUCACUCAGCUUCUCCGUCAACAUCCUAUCGAUCGUCUAGGGACUGGAGGCGCCCAUGAAGUCAAAGAGCAUCCUUUCUUCAUUGGUCUGGACUGGGAGUCUCUUCUUCGUCAGAAAGCAGAGUUUGUGCCUCAGCUUAACCACGAGGAAGACACGAGUUACUUUGAUACAAGAUCUGAAAGAUACAACCAUGAAAUGGAAGAAUCGGAAGAGAUGGAUGACACUGAUGACAGUUCGCUAUUCAGUAGCUUCUCUUCCUGUUCUCCACAGUUCAUGAGAGUCUACUCAUGUGUGGAGAAGGAGCUGGAUGAAGAAAAUCUAUUAAGAGAUGGUUUUCGCAGAGAAGAUAGUACUGGUGGACGUUGCUUCGGUUUAUAUGCUAAGGCCUUCGGCUUAGAGACUGCAAACGAUGUAGUUCCCAAGACACUUCAAAACAUAGGUUUGUUUUUAAUUUCCAGAAAUGCCAGUAAGGUUUCCCCACAAUGGUCACCGGUCCACGGACAAAAUGGAGAAAAAAAUACAGCCACUCAGGAGGAAGGAGAUAAAGCCCAUAGUAAGCGAUUAACACCUCAAUUUUCGGUGAGUACAGGGAAAGAUAUCCAAGGUGUCCUGGCUCCAUCUCUUGACUACAAGCCCCCACCUCUCCAGCCCCCAGGUGGCGCCACUAUUCUUGUGCACGAUUGGGUGAAACUAAGGAAACAUGCUUACCAACUUCAAGCCUCACCAAACAUUCCAAUUCCGUCAUCCUCUGCUUUACCGUUUGGAUCUCGACAGAAAGAACGUUUGGUAACGAAGUCAGCUUCGGCUUCUGGUUUAUCAUUAAUAAUACCAGCAGAUGAAACUGUAUCUCAACCUGUAACAUGUUCUUCAGGAGGUUCCAGUACAAGUUCUAGGGAUACCUCACCCAGUAGAGAAGCAAGUUCUUUAAUUCCUCAACUCAAACCACCUAUCAUAAUCCGCAAAGGGCUUCGUGGAUUUGGUUUCACAGCUCGAGCAAUUAGAGUGUACUUUGGCGAUUCUGAUGUAUACACCAUUCAGCAUUUGGUGUCGGCAGUGGAUAACAAUGGACCAGCCUUCGCGUCACAACUGAAACCUGGUGACCUGAUAACCCACAUCAAUGGAGAACCUCUCCAGGGACUGGUCCAUCACCAAGUACUGCAGCUGAUCUUGUCUGGAGGAGACCGCAUCACUAUCCGCACGACUCCACUGGAGAGCACUACCAUAAAAACUGGAGGUCGUAAAAGACAUCCCUCUUCCAUUAAGAUGGUUCGUCGUCCAGUUACACGGAAGCGUUAUAGUCAAGGAAAGAGAGAUGUACAAUCUGACCGGAAAAGACGAACCACUCUUCUCAGAAAGUUAAGUAACAAACGAGCUAGCGCCGACUUGCAACAGUUGGUGUCCAGAUCACCUCCUGUGUUGACUACUAGCCACAGCUUGCAUUCUUUGAGUAGAAGAGGCGAGGCUCUUCCUGGAUCCCCGAAACGUAAAGGCCCACGAUCUCCGCCGGCUAACAGACUGUGUUCAACAUCUGAGUCAUCCCCAUCCACAGGGAACUCCUCUGGAAGUAGUUCUCCCACUUCUAGUAUUCCCGGUUCUCCAGCAGGUACUGCUCAGUUCCAACGGCCAAGCUCUCUGCAUGGCCUUAAACACAAGCUGAUUCAGACUUUCUGCUCUCCUCGUCGUAAGUCAGUGGGGCAUGUGCCACUCUCCCCCUUAGUUCGCACCCCAUCGCCCUCUUCUCUACGCUCAACUUCUCCUUUAGCCUUUCCCUUGACCCACCACCCUAUAUCACACAGAACUACCUCUUGUAGCACGCGAACACCUACCAGUGCAAAUAAAAAGAUGUUCAUGCGACCGAAGAGUGCUGAGCCUGGUUCUCCUCUUCUAAGACGCGCUUUAUCUCCGGAUCGACUGUAUUCUAAAUCUUCAGAAACUAAGUUGAAACAAGAAAAAGUUAAAAGAGAGUCUUGUAGUGGACAUAUUUUCUCACCUCUUGCACUUUCACCACUACCCGUCACAAGUUUUCCUCAGUACUCCACAUCUCCUGUCUCUUCCCUUGUUUCCAAACUCACUGAAUCUAUUUCUUCCUUUUCUCCCAAGAAGGAAUCUAUAUUAAAAACUGUUAAAUCCAAAAUGUCCGGGACAGAAAUGGAUGGGAGUUGCUUCAAAUCUUCUUGUGGCUUACAACAGGAUGAAAACUCUAGAGUUGAUUUUUCAUCUAGCCAUUCGGCAAUUCCUGGCAGUCAUGGACUUUUCAGUGCCGUCCGAAAGAUUCACAAGGAUACUCAACAGCCUUGUAGCUCUAACUCAAAGCUUCAAACAGUGGAUGAAAAAAGUGCAGAUUUUUCUGAGAUUGAAGAACAACCUUCGGUAUCUCAGGUAAUGAAAGUUUCAUCAGUUUGUGACUUUAAAGGCAGGAGAUCAGGAAUUAAAAAUCAAUCGCUUGCUGUGGUUAUUGAAGAUGUCACCCUGCAAUCUGAUAAUGCUCAUCAAAGUAAAGAAGAUGAACAAUCAAAGCUACCAUUCAUCAGUGUCACCAUGUCCUCGCCCAUAACUUCACAAGCCUUUGGUCAGAAAUUGGUUAUAGAACAAAAAUCAACAACUUCAUCAGUUCUACUUAGUAGCCCAGAAGAUAAGCUUUCAGGAAAAACACAUACUGAAGAGACAGCUUUACUUUCCCCUCUCACAAUCGGUAUCCAAAACAUAACAAUUCGUUCAAUGAAAAGAAAAACACCUUCUACAGCCGAAUCAAUAAAUACAACAGAAGGCGUUUCAAAACCAUUACGUGAAACGCCAAAUGAAAAUUAAAUUAUAUUAAUCCAAAACCAUUAAAUUAUUUAUAAUUCAUUCAUCGUACAAAAAAUGAGUGCUUGUAAAUACUAAUUUGUUUCUUUUAAGUAAUGUUUGAACUUUCGAUUUAUUUCUCGAGAAAUAUUUUAUAUUUUGCAGGUGUUUCGCUACGCAAUGAAUCUUGGUGAUACUUUUGGACGUGGUAGCCGUUUCCUCAAUGUACUUGUGUAUGAAAUGGUAAUACUGAUAUUUAAUAGUCCACGGUGUAAAUAUGUGUAUUGUAUAUAAUGUAUGUGUAUUUAUUUCUAUCAUUUCUGUUAUAACUCUGGGUCAGCGGUACGUUUAUGAACUUACAGAACUAAAAUUUGGAGUUCGAUUCCCCAUGGCAGACAGAGUGCAGUAGCGCAUUGUGUAACUUUGCGUUAAAACAACUAUCCAACCAACCACUUCUGUUUUCAUUUUUCGGCUUAUGCAAAAGCGGCAUAAGUAGAACAAUACAAAGUUUUCCGUCUGAUAUUGUUUCGCUCUGGAAGCUUCUUGAUUCACUGUUCAUAUUCCAAUCAUGUGAGAUCUUUCAAUUUUUUGUCAGUGACGACAGAAUAUCUUGUAUAGUGCUGAUUUAUUGUACAGUGUUUCACGCUGUUUAAACACACCUUGUAACUACUAGCCUGUGAUGACGUACCUUCUGUAUUCGAACAAGAAACAACGUUGAUACUAAAACCUGUAUUUGUUGAGUUAAUAUUUACUUUUAUGUGAUCCUUCAUCCAGAAAAGUAGCUUUCUUUUUUUUACAUUAUUUCUCCAAAAUACAAUACCUAUUGUGAUGAAAGAUGCCUGUAACAGAAAUGGCGUAUACCUUUACUAUUGAUGGCUUGGACAGUUAUAAUAUAUUACCAAAAAUAAAGUACAAUAUGAAAUGAUUAAAAUAUGCUCUAGAAAGCAACUGAUAAAAUCCCAACGAGUGGUUGGCUUUGGCUGGUUAAUAUAACAUGAUUGUAAAUUGUGAUAAUGGUGUGUAGUUCCACAAACUGAACCGCUGCUUCUAAUAUUUAUUAACGAAAGUCUCUGCUCCAAAGCUUGGAUACAAAUUGUUAUAACAGACGAUAAUGACUGUGCAAAAUGAGUAACUUACCAUCCUGAUUCUGUUAUAAGUAAGUUAACAUUAUAAUAAUAAAGCAUUAAUUAUAUAUUAAAAUGUGAGUUUCAAAUUUAUCGUUUUAAACAAUUAAGGUUAAAAUGUUAUUUUUCUUUCCAAGUCUAACAAACUAGGAUUAACGUAAGAAACUUAAUGAUGUCAAGUUAGAAGGAAAGCAACAGUUUUAUUGUCAAAUCAUUUUAAUUACAUUAACAACUUGAACAGAAGUAAUUGUGAUGAUAUACGCAUAUCACAAGAAGCUUUCUUUAGUAAUGACAGUUUUAUUAGAUUAAUAUAUUUGAUAUCAGUUGACUGUAUAACUCUCACCAAUACAUAUAAUGAAGUUGGUUUUAACUUCACCUUCUGUGAUAUUAAUACAAUGCGUUAAGUUUUGACUUUUGAUCCAACGUACAUUAAGUUCUUUCUAGUUGUAUUGCCAUUUCCCUGUGUGGACGUACAACCUGAAUUAGGAUAUUUUAUUGAGAAUUUAAACAAUGUGUAAAUGUGCCUGGUGCUAAACUAGAGAAGAAAAAACAACUUUAAAUAAGUUGCAUGGUAUUUAUCUUUAUUCUUAGCUGCCUUAGAUACCGUAGGAAAUAAGUGGAAAAGCCGUUUUGCUACAGCUUGUUACCAUAGCAACUGAUACCCCAGCAUGAAUGUUUCAUUGGUGUGACGUGAUUAGAAUGACAGUGAAAGCUAAAGGGGCUUAGUAUGAUCUCUUUCACUUACAGUUCGAUGAAAAAGGUAAAAGCUGAAUUCAACUGAUAUUAGUCUUAAUGAAAAACUCCAACAAGAGAGCAUGGUUAAUUGUUAAUGUUUACAAAGUAUACGCAAUGGCUACGCUUGUCAGUUAUUUUGAUGCAAUGCUGAAAUUUUCUAAUAAAUACUAAAUAACUUAAUAUUUGUUGGUGGAACUGUUUCAGACGUCUAGAAAUAUUAUUAUGACGAAAUGUGAGAGCAUCAUAUGAGAAGAUGUAUCAUCUAAAACUGUAUAUAUGUGCUAAGGACGAGUUAUUAAAAUAACAAAGUAAUUGUGUUUAAACUUAUUACAGUAAGUAUAAAAACUUUAUUUCGGAAUAAUCUUUUGUUUUGUUACGUGAAAUUUAUGUAUGUUGUCAUAAACUCACAUGUUAUCCCUGAGCUUGAAUAUAUUUCCUUACUUUUACUUGAUUAUCUUAAAUGUAAACAAAGCUUAAAACAUGUUUUACUCCAGUUAACAUUUUUUAUGUGUAUACUUACGAAUCUAGUUGUAAUGAGCUAAUGUGUUAUAUGUGUUUUAAGAGACCUUUAAAUUUAGUGUGUAUACAUUUUAUAGUGAACGAUAUAUUAUUUUAUAACUAUCAUAUCUACAAUGUAUCCGAAAUUAUAUUUUAACGAAAAUUACAGAAACAUAAAGAAAAAAUAAUCCAGCGAGUAUUCUAUAUUUUACGCCUUUGUCAAGAGAUCUGAAUUUCCCUGUAAAAUUCCCUGUAAACAGCGCAUCAGGUUCACAAUAUUUAGAGUUUUGGCGAGAAUUAAAGUCAUAGUGUUCAUUUGUUUUUCUGUCAUUCAAAAGACUGGUUAACGACCGCUUAUCGGUCAUAAUAAAAUUACUACAUUAAAUUACUAUACUAGAUUACCCCUAGAGAACCCUUCUGUAAGCUAUGCAUUUUUAUUGCAAAAUACAGCUGGAUGUUUAAUACUUGUACAAAAAUAAACAAAAAACACCAGUAAUACAUUUUAAUUUCAAUAAUCAAAGCUCCAAAGCAGUUUAUUUAACACAUUAAUCCUAUUUUGAUGGAAAAUAACAUAAUACAUCUAAAACUAGAAAUAUAAUUUGUUAUGUCUGUGAUUUUAAAUGAUGUUUGAUACGCUUCCACUCUGGCUCCUUAUUAUAGGUAUUUUAUUAUAUAACCCACUGUAUUUCACAUAUUUAGGUUAUUCGUUUAGUGUAUUAGAGUAAUUCACAACAGUCUGUGAAAUUCAAAUGAUGUUUUCACUGAGCUAGUUGUCUGUGCUAAUAAAGUUAGCGCAUAAUUUCGUUAUUCACGAAGUUUAACAAAAAAAAAGCUUCUUGUUGUUUGUCACAGUGUUAAAGAUACUCAAUAUUAACUUGCUAUAUGAUUAUUUAAAGGAGAACUUUACAGGUGUAUUUUUUCCACCAAUAGUCAAGUAUCGAACGUGAUGACGUCAGAUGUAUUCUACAUGAUGUUGCCUAAAUUUGACUUCAUCAAAUUUAAGAAAAUUCAUUAUAGUAACUGUUAAUAUUCGUGUCUUUUCAACAAGACUGGGUUUUCAGGAAGACUGGCUUCGUGUACUUGAGACUCUUUAGUGAAUAAUUUGAAUGGUGUUUUGCAAAAGUUAGAUUGUCCCCCUGGUGGGACAACGCUAAGACUACGGACUUACAACGCUAAAAUCCGAUAGACCAAUGUGGCUUUGCUCUAAAAUAAACAAACAAACAAAAU